UCCUGUGAAGAAGGUAAUAAAUUUCUCAGCUAGGAAUUCGAAGUUGUAAUGUUUGGGAACAGCAAUUGUUGCAGGAUUUGAUGAUAAUGAGUCGUACCGGUGCCGAGAUGAGAGCUAGUGAAACUCAGUCUAAAUUCAUACAAGAUCGUGUGUCCUUGGUGGAAAAACAUUUUGGACAACUAUGCGACACCAUGUCUUCUAUAACAAGAAAAACAGCACGACUAAGAGAUAAAGGAGAUCAGUUGGCUAAGGACAUAACAACCUAUUCUGAGGCUGAUUCCCAUAACCCAUCAAUGCUUAGAUGUCUUACAGAAUUUGCAACAAACCUAUCAGCUAUUCAAGAUUAUAGACAAGCAGAGGUUACAAGACUAGAUGCCAAAGUUGUACAACCUUUAAGUAACUAUGGAAUUAAGUGCAAACAAGCAAAAAAUGACCUCAAAUCAGCAUUUACAGCUCAGGAUAAAGAAUCGAAACAGAAAAGAAAACUAGACAUGCUUCGACAGAAGAAUCCAGGAGACCGAUCUCAGAUCUCACAGGCAGAGACAGAGCUACAGAAGGCCAGUGUGGAGGCGUCACGCACAUCAAAGAACCUCCAUCAACAGGUUGACAAGUUCGAGUUGGAAAAACUAAAAGAUAUAAAGAAAAUGUUGAGUGACUUUGUGAACAUAGAGAUGAUGUUCCAUGCCAAGGCCCUAGAGGUGUACACACAGUGCUACCAGAACAUAUCCUCUGUCGACGUGGAGGAGGACAUAGAUGAAUUCCGCUCCAAGCUCACCCCUCCUAACUCUGCAGCCAGGAUGAAUAUGGUCAGAUCUUCAUCUUAUUCUUCUCUCAACACCAACACAAACUCCAAGCAGACGACACCCACCAAAAUGAACCGACAACUAUCAGCACCUACAAGUUCUCAAUCCACGCCAACCAAACCCCCCGUAGGAUCACAGUCCCGAACACGAAUACCGGUAAUGGAUCUUGAUGAUGAUGAUGACGACGAUGAUGACGAAGAUGAUGAUGACGAAGAAGAGGAAACGGAGGAUGAAGAUGAUGAAACAGAAUCAGAAUUAUCAACAGCAAGAUCUCAACAAAAGCAGCAAUCACAGCCAAGACGUGUGUUGCCGCGGUAGGACAACUGAAUAUUAUUGUGACUUUUAGUCUGCAGAUCUGUGAUAAGUCAUCCGUCCAUGGCCAGAGGGGCUCAAAACUGGGUUUGCUGCAAGAUCUUCGAUGUAGUUCACACUGUUGAGCAUAAGUUGUGUAAUCUAAAUGUAUUGACAAGCCAAUGUAAUGAAUGCCAGUAAAAAGUUUCUAAGCAUUUCAAGAUAUUUUAAUCUUAAUGUGAUUAACCAUGAUAACAUUAUAAAAAUAAGAUAUUUUGAAAUUUACGAAAUCAUUUUCAUGACUAAAUGCAUUUGAAUCUACCAUUUAAGCUGAGAGAAAUGGCUUGAACCUGUAUAAAGUCCAGUUCUUCUCUGCCACUUUGAUUAGUCAAAUUUUACCUCAAUUUCCUACAGAUCCUAUCAGAUACAGCUUUCUCAGACUAGUACCUUGUAGUGCCAUAUAUAUAACAUUGUAGCCUGUACUCAAAGAAAUGUACCAAAAUUGUUAUCAGGUAACCGAGGAAAAUUAUUGUCAGUAUUAUGAACCCCUUUUCUAUAUUUUUACAACUCUUUACCUUAUUCCUACAAACAUUUAUUUACCUGAUUCCUACAAACCUUUAUCAUGUUAUUUGAAACUUCCAUACUGAGCUACUAAGCAUGAUCCCAGUACAUCUAAGAUGGAAAUAUACCUGUUAUUAUUCCCUUUAACAAUCCACCAGUUUACCUUCAAUUUUAUGGGGAUUCAUGGUACACAACGUUUGUCUUUUGUCUAACGUUAUAUUUAUCUGUGUAUAGACCAUCUUCACAGAUACAUAUAGACAUUGCAGUAUAUACUGUAAACACUUCGGUGUACUGGUACUCAAUUUGUAUAAUAUUUUAACAGAUUAGGGUAAUAAUGAAUUGGUGCACAGUUAUAGCAUACAGAAACUGUAAUCAGGGCAGGUAUGAUUUAUUGCCAUGCCAUGUGUUCAGUUCAGUUUCAUAGAAACAACACUAGAUUAUAGUUACAUUGUAAUCAAUCCAACAAAUAGAUCCAUUAUGGUUUUGAAAGUACCAGGUAUUCCUCAGAUUUUGAGUUAAAUACAUAUUAAGAUAAAACUAUUACAUUUUGUAGUUUAGGUUAUACAGUAAUGAUCAUACUGACAAAACAGAACAAGACAUAAUUACAUACAUGUCGUUCUUUUUUAAAUUGUAUGAACUUGAGACAAAUAACCUUUUCAGCAUAAAGUAUGUUUUAAUUUAAGAUAAUUAACUGUUACAUAUAUAUAUAAUCCUGAAUAAGUAUACAAUAUGUAUGUGCUGUUGUUUAAUACCUGGGUACACUAGUGUUUGCAGAUGUGUCAUAGUGUUAUUUAUUAUUUAUUGAUGGUGAAUUAUCAAUGUAUUCAUGUAUAUGAAACUUAAUGUAAAGGAUGGUAUGUGCACUUUAAAAGUUUAUUCUACAUUAGCCUUGAAUUGUUGAAUAGCAAUCAUUUCUGAAAUUGUCAGGUGCUGUAGUGAUCGGAAGGGGUGAUGGAUAUAUGUGAAUCAGCAGGUAUUAAUCUCUAAUGUUACACCCUGCAAAUGGAUUUGAAAAUUUGUUACUCCAUAUAGUGAUAGAACUACGGUAUACCUCCUAUUGCUACACACAUAUAUAUACUGUAAUACAGGAUUUACAUAUGGAGGCAUAUUCGUUUUUUCCGAUAUUAUUGUGUGGAUUCAACAUAAUCAAAUUAUAAUUCAUGAUUAUGUCCCAAUCUAUAGUGCCUAAGAUGACAAUGCCAUUGUCUGCAACUGAUACUACACAGAAAUUAGAAACAUUUACUACAUAAACUUGCCAUGAAGGUGUUCCUGUAUAUGGUACCUAAGUGUCUUGGGAAGGUGGAGUAUCAUACUGUCUUGUUUGACUACAUAUAGGUACCCUUUAGAGGUAUGGCUAGACAUUUUAUAGAUUGUUAGUAUACUCCUAUUUGAGGCCAGAUGGACAAUCUUCACAGGUAAGAUCGAAUAGGAGCACUUCUCUAGGAAAGUAAAGUACAGGGCUUUUUUUCAGUUUGAUGUUGCAGUUUUAAUGGUUUGACUAGAAUAUAUAUUACAUGGUAAGAUUCGAAUGUAACACUUUGUUUAACAGCAAGUCAAGUGGCAUAACAGUAUAUAGUAUGUGGUGUUCUUGUUUAAAUUUCAGGUAUACAUGUACCUAUACCUAUGGCUUAACAAUUUUCUAUCUUCUUCCAAAUAAGUCCUUGAUUAUAUGAUGACCUAUUGAACACAAUAGAAAUAGGUCAAUUGGUUUAGAGUGAUAUGGACAUCUUACACCUGGGUAUAGAUUUUGUGGGGGUCAGAACCCAGGCAAAGCUCAGGCAAAGCUGAAGUCCUGACCAAAAGAAUCUACACCUAAUAAUAACACUAUCUUUCAUACCUCUCAGUUGACUACUGUAUUUACUGACCCUGAAGUCUACACCCAGUGGUACACUAUCCAUAUCUUCCAUCCUUCAUAUUGACUCUAUAUGUACCUAGAAAUUACUCUUGGUAUGUUCCUAUUACAUGUAGUGUUAAAUGACACUCAAAUAGUUAAAAAAACAAAAAGUUAAAAUAUGCAUUGUUCUAAUGUACUAGCUCCAUUGCAGGUGUAAAUCAUAUUACCUGAUUUAUGUACAUUGUGUUUCUAAGUACUGUACAUGGAAAUUGUAUUACCUGGUAUGUGUGCAACAUAUUAUCUAGUAUAUGUACAUCGUAUUACCCUGUAUGGGUACAUUGUAUUUCCCGGUAGUGUACAUUGUAUUACCUGGUAUGUGUAUAUUGUAUUACCUGGUAUGUGUACAUUGUAUUACCUGGUAUGUGUAUAUCAUAUCGUAUUACCCGGUAUGUGUACAUUGUAUUACCCUGUAUGGGUACAUUGUAUUACCCUGUAUGGGUACAUUGUAUUACCCUGUAUGGGUACAUUGUAUUACCUGGUAUGUGUACAUCAUAUUACCCGGUAUGUGUACAUUGUAUUACCUGGUAUGUAUACAUUGUAUUACCCAGUAUGUGUAUAUCGUAUUACCCGGUAUGUGUACAUCGUAUUACCCGGUAUGUGUACAAUGUUUUACCUGGUAUGGGUACAUCAUAUUACCCUGUAUGGGUACAUUGUAUUACCUGGUAUGUGUACAAUGUAUUACCUGGUAUGUGUACAUUGUAUUACCCAGUAAGUGUAUAUUGUAAUACCCUGUAUGAGUACAUUAUAUUACCCAGUAUGUGUACAUCGUAUUACCUGGUAUGUGUACAUUGUAUUACCCAGUAAGUGUACAUCGUAUUACCCUGUAUGAGUACAUUAUAUUACCCGGUAUGUGUACAUCGUAUUACCUGGUAUGUGUACAUUGUAUUACCCAGUAAGUGUACAUCGUAUUACCCUGUAUGAGUACAUUAUAUUACCCGGUAUGUGUAUAUCGUAUUACCCGGUAGGGUAUUACCCUGUAUGGGUACAUUGCAUUACCCGAUAUGUGUACAUUGUAUUACCUGGUAUGUGUAUAUCGUGUCGUAUUACCCGGUAUGUGUACAUUGUAUUACCCGGUAUGUGUACAAUGUAUUACCCGGUAUGGGUACAUUGUAUUACCCUGUAUGAGUACAUUGUAUUACCCGGUAUGUGUACAAUGUAUUACCUGGUAUGUGUACAUUGUAUUACCUGGUAUGUGUACAAUGUAUUACCCGGUAUGUGUACACCGUAUUACCCGGUAUGUGUACAUUGUAUUACCCAGUAAGUGUACAUCGUAUUACCCGGUAUGUGUACAUUAUAUUACCCGGUAUGUGUACAUUGUAUUACCCGGUAUGUGUACAAUGUAUUACCUGGUAUGGGUACAUUGUAUUACCUGGUAUGGGUACAUUGUAUUACCCAGUAAGUGUACAUUGUAUUACCCUGUAUGAGUACAUUAUAUUACCCGGUAUGUGUACAAUGUAUUAUCUGGUAUGGGUACAUUGUAUUACCCGGUAGUGUAUAUUGUAUUACCCGGUAUGUGUACAAUGUAUUAUCCGGUAUGUGUACAAUGUAUUACCCGGUAUGUGUACAUUAUAUUACCCGGUAUGUGUACAAUGUAUUACCGGGUAGUGUAUAUUGUAUUACCCGGUAUGUGUACAAUGUAUUACCCGGUAUGGGUACAUUGUAUUACCCGGUAUGGGUACAUGGAUGCUAGUUAGUUUACUUCUGUAUGAUUCACUAUACAAAUGAAUGAUUCACUGUUAAUUAUGGGUUAUCUUUAUUACUAUGUUACAUGUAUGCAUGAUUUGAUAUUAAAACAUAAAUGCAUUAUUGACUAUUCAA